AUGUGGAUUUUAACAACAUUUUUUGCAUUAAUUCAAUCAAUAUCGGUGAUGGCUACUCCAGUGUGGGAUGGUGAAUUUGCUGACUACCUCAAUGCAAUGGUAACUUAUCCAUACAAAAUUCACACAGGAAGAUUAGUUGGUGUAACUAAAUAUGACAGUGGCCCAGAAGGUAUAAAUACGGGAACAUUGGUUAAAUAUGAGUUGGAAUCUGCAUUCUUGAAAGAAGGUGACAAGUGGGUGUUGCGCCACAGCGACGGUAAUGAUUCGAAGACAUUUGUCGUUUCUGAUGAAUUUGCUGCAAUUAUGCUUGAACCAGCAGAAGAAAAUUCAGAAUACUUACAACAAAGUAAACGCGAUGGUGAUGACGAUGGGGAUGAUGGUAAUCCUUGUAAUGGAAGAGACUUUGAGGAGCAAACUGAAAAUCUGGGUAAAGUUGAGGUUACUCCAGACCAGGUCAAAGCGGUGUUUGCAGGAGCGAUGUAUUACGCUCACAAUUACAGUAGUGAUAAAAGUAUUAGCACUAACAAGGAGAAAAGAGAUGAGCAAAGAUGA